AUGGCAUCACAAAUGCCCCAGGAGCUCCUGUUCUCCAACCAGAGCCGCUUCUCCCCUCCGAACGCCACAUCCUGCGACAACGCCCUGGACGCCUGGGACUUCCUGCACCGAGUCCUCCCCACCAUCAUCAUCGCCAUCUUCAUCGUCGGCCUCCUGGGCAACUCCUUCGUCCUGUCUGUCUUCCUCCUGCCCUGCCGGCGGCGACUAAGCGUGGCAGAAACCUACCUGGUCAACCUGGCAGCUUCCGACCUGCUGUUUGUCUUGGGCUUACCCUUCUGGGCGGAGAACAUCUGGAACAAAUUCAAUUGGCCCUUCGGGCCCGCCCUCUGCCGCGUUGUUAACGGGGUCAUCAAGGCCAACCUGUUCGUCAGCAUCUUCCUGGUGGUGGCCAUCAGCCACGACCGCUUCACCGUGCUGGUGCACCCCAUGGCCAGCCGGCGGCACAGGCGGCGCCGACGGGCCCAGGCCACCUGUGUGCUCAUCUGGGUCACGGGGGGCCUCCUGAGCACCCCCACAUUCCUGCUGCGCUCUGUCCAAAUGGUCCCAGAGCUGAAUAUUUCCGCCUGCAUCCUGAUGCUUCCCCACAAAGGCUGGCACAUGGCAAGGAUGGUGGAGCUGAACGUGUUGGGCUUCCUGCUCCCACUGGCUGCCAUCCUGUUCUUCAACUACCACAUCCUGGCUGCCCUGCGGGGGCAGGGGCAGGAAGAAGUGGGGCGCUCGAGGUGCGGGGGCCCCAAGGGCAGGAAGAGCACGGUGCUCAUCCUCACACUCGUCGCUUCCUUCCUGGUCUGCUGGACCCCAUACCACUUCUUCGCCUUCCUGGAAUGCCUGUGGCAGGUGCAAGUCCUCAGGGGCUGCUUCUGGGAGGAGUUCAUGGACCUGGGCCUGCAGGUGUCCAACUUCUUUGCCUUCAGCAACAGCUGCCUGAAUCCUGUCAUCUAUGUGUUUGUGGGCCAGCUCUUCAGGACCAAGCUCUGGGAGCUGUACCAGCAAUGCACGCCGAGCAGUCUCAUGUCCAUGGCCUCAUCCCGCCAGAAAGAAAUCCUCCAAGUUUCCUGAUGGAACUAAAGCAGGAGGGAGCCAAGCCAAGCUUGGCUUUCUUCUCUGUCCUUCCUGAUUGGGAGGACCAAAGCUGACCCACAGACUCCCAGGCCCUGCAGCCCCUGGAGGCUACUUCUCGUGCUAACCGGGCUUUGCAGGUGUGGUUAAACUAAGGAUCCUGAGACGGGAAGAGGAUCCUGAGAAGAGGGAAGUAGGAGGGUUGGGUCGGAGUUGGCGACGUGACUGCACAGCCAGAGGCCCAUUGAGGCAGCGGCCACUGGCCCAGGGGUGCAGACGCCCUCCAGAGGCCAGAGGAGUCAAUGACACUGCUUCUCCCAGUCCUGCGCCACGAGGCACCAGCACUGCCAAUGGCCCUCGCCCCUCAGCCCGUAGAAUGGAGUUUUUAUCUCCAGCUUCUGGGAUGACUGUUGUAAGCCAUUGAGCUUGGGAUGCCUGCUCCAGCAGCAAUCGCGAUCUUUGUCCCGCUCAUGCAAACUGCUAGGGACAGAG